GGAGGCGGAGGUGAUGUUGGUGGCGGAGGGGGCUUGCCGAGCCCGAGACAGCUGGAGGGGAUAAACAGCGGAGGGGGCCGAGGAGGGCUCGGGUCCCCGCCGGGCCGGGGCUGCGGAACCUGGUCAGCGGCUCGGGCUGCUGUCCAGCCACUCACCUCCUGGAGGCGCCCCUGCCCUGGCACAGGGGUCGGGCCGCCCCCCUGCAUGGAAGUUCAAGGGCUUCGUCCACUGGCUGCUGCGGCUGCUGAGCCUGCCCUGAGGAGGCCUGACAGAUCCCACUCUUCAAGAGGGAACUGACCUGCCCCUUCUUUCCGGAGAGAUAGAUGCUUCCUGCAAUUGGUAAUUUCAAUGCCUUCUCGACGAACAUGAACUCUACUGGAAUGCUUGGAUUCACAGCAGCACCUCCAUUUGCGUUCUUUCGUUGGCCCUAUUGUGAGAAGAUGGCAAAAGCAAACAUUACCAGAGACCUCAUCCAUAGGCAGCUCAAGGAGAAGGGCGCCCUCAGCUUUGAACGACACUAUCAUGUUACUGACCCAUUCAUCCAGCGCCUGGGCUUGGAGGCAGAGCUGCAGGGUCACACUGGUUGUGUCAACUGCCUCGAAUGGAAUGAAAAGGGAACCUUGCUGGCUUCUGGCUCCGACGACCAGAAUGCGAUUGUGUGGGAUCCCCUGCACCACAAGAAGCUCCUUUCCAUGCAAACAGGGCACUCAGCAAACAUAUUCUCUGUGAAGUUCUUGCCGCAUACAGAGGAUCGGAUACUUAUCACUGGGGCUGCUGACUCCAAGGUGCACGUCCAUGACUUGACUGUUAAAGAAACCAUCCACAUGUUUGGGGAUCACAAAAACAGAGUCAAGCGCAUUGCCACUGCUCCCAUGUGGCCCAACACCUUCUGGAGUGCAGCUGAGGAUGGACUGGUCAGGCAGUAUGACCUGCGAGAGAACAGCAAACACUCAGAAGUUCUGAUAGAUCUGACAGAAUACUGCGGACAGCUUGUGGAGGCAAAGUGCCUCACUGUCAACCCCCAGGACAAUAACUACCUAGCCGUGGGAGCCAGUGGGCCGUUUGUGCGGAUCUAUGAUAUACGCAUGAUCCACAACCACAGAAAAAGCAUGAAGCAGAAUCCCACAGCUGGAGUCCACACGUUUUGUGAUCGACAGAAACCUCUCCCAGAUGGAGCAGCCCAGUACUAUGUAGCAGGGCACCUUCCAGUUAAAUUGCCUGACUACAAUAACCGGCUGAGAGUGCUGGUCGCAACAUACGUCACCUUCAGUCCCGACGGUACAGAGCUCUUAGUCAAUAUGGGAGGGGAGCAGGUGUACUUAUUUGACCUGACUUACAAGCAGCGGCCAUAUACUUUUCUCCUGCCAAAGAAAUGCCGCUCCUCAGGAGAGGUGCAGAACGGGAAGACCUCGACCAACGGAGUGUCCAAUGGCAUCCAUCUCCACAGCAACGGCUUCAGGCUGUCCGAGGGGCGAGCGCACAUGAGUUCACAGGUGGAGCUGCCUCCCUACCUGGAGAAAAUCAAGCUGCAAGCCAACGAGGCUUUUGCGUGCCAGCAGUGGACUCAAGCCAUCCAGCUCUACAGCAAAGCUGUCCAGAAAGCCCCCAACAACGCCAUGCUGUACGGAAACAGAGCCGCAGCCUACAUGAAGCGCAAGUGGGAUGGGGAUCACUACGAUGCCCUGAGGGACUGCUUGAGGGCCAUCUCCCUGAACCCAUGUCACCUGAAGGCUCACUUCCGCCUCGCCCGCUGUCUGUUUGAGCUGAAGUACGUGACAGAAGCCCUGGAGUGCCUGGAUGACUUCAAAGGGAAGUUCCCUGAGCAAGCACACAGCAGUGCUUGCGAUGCCCUGGACCGGGACAUCAACGCCGCGCUCUUUUCCAAAACGGAUAACGCGGAAGACAAGAAAGGAAGCGGCCCCAUCUGGCUGCGAGCAACCGGCCGCAAAGAUUCCAUCUCGGAUGAUGAGAUGGUGCUUCGGGAGCGCAGCUAUGACUACAAAUUCAGAUACUGUGGCCACUGCAACACCACCACAGACAUCAAAGAGGCAAACUUUUUUGGCAGCAAUGCUCAGUACAUUGUCAGUGGCUCUGACGAUGGCUCCUUCUUCAUCUGGGAGAAAGAGACAACCAACCUGGUGCGGGUGCUGCAGGGGGACGAGUCCAUUGUCAACUGCCUGCAGCCGCACCCGAGCUACUGCUUCCUGGCUACUAGUGGCAUCGACCCGGUUGUACGACUGUGGAAUCCCAGGCCAGAGAGCGAAGCAUUGAAUGGGCGGGUGGUGGAAGAUAUGGAAGGCGCCUCCCAGGCCAACCAGAGGCGGAUGAAUGCUGACCCCCUGGAAGUGAUGCUGUUCAACAUGGGCUACCGGAUCACGGGGCUGACGGGCAGCGGGGCCGGAGGCCUGGACGACGAAGACAGCUCCGACGGGCAGGUCCACUGCCGGACCAGCUAAAGCCGAAUUGCCUCUCCUUCCCAGCGUUUUGGUUUUGGGGUUGUAUUGUUUGAAGGGAAAUCUAGUUUGCUCAGUUUGAACUCUGAUGAACGACUGCACUGUUUCACACUAUGCACAGGAUAGGACAUGCCGGCAGAGGCAGGAGUGGCUUUGUCUUAACCGCUGCUACAGUUUCUUCCCCUGCGCCCUCUUCCACUGUUGAGCAGCAUGGUAAUGCGGCCUGUUGAGAUUUGCCUCCUAGCAGAAUCCAGUCUGUGCAGAGAUUUCGUUUCCUUGUUGUCCGUGAGCAGUGUAACACAGGGUAGCCGACCCCUCCUGCAGAGCUGCCGCACGGCUCCUGGGCGGGGGAGGCGUUGCCUACAUGAAUGCGUUUUUUGCAGAGAGGAUGUUAAAAACUCAAUAAAGAAGUGAAAACUAGGGCAGGGAUUAUGGCAUGAAGUUCAAUGCAGUGAUCUUUGUCUCCGAAGCUUGGCUUGCCUGCUCUGCGGUUAGAUCAGGCUCACAGUCUGUGGCCUCUGUUCAGCUGACAAGCAUCCACUCAGCCCCUGCAUCUGAAACACAAGGCAAUGUGGCUGGAUAAAACACCGUGGUUAAUGUAGCACCGGACGUGCUGCGUCCAUAGCAUCAAGCCGAGGAAUGUCUGGCUCUGGUAUCUAAUACUUUAUUUCUUCUGUGCACAGAGAGGCACAGCUCGUGCAUGUGACCUGGCAUUGCUCCCGUUUUGAAAACCCCUGCCUUUCUUUUCCCCUUGUCCCAAAAUAUUCGCUUUCCUUUGUCCCCAGCCAGGGAGUGUGGGGCAUUUCACCAUUGUGCCUCAGCACAGCACGGGUCUGAUCACUGAGGAGGCUGUGUGCUGCGAAGACCUGCCUGAGGGUUCAAGGCAAGGCUGCCCCCUCCGUCUCUUCAGUAGGAGGCUCCACCCCCAGCCUUCUGGCAGGUGGGAUUCUGGAAAACUGCAUCAACCGCUGGCUCUCCCAUUGGUCCAUUUUGUUAAAAGGCCCCUUUUCACCUGUGGGCUUGCCAGGUUCUGACCAUCACAUGGAUCCUGCACAGUUGAUUUGCAGUCGUCUUCCUCUCCUCCCCUCCCCCACCCAAUUGCCAUCCAAAUCUCACCCAGAUCCCUGAAAAUUGCACUAAUGCUUAUUCAGUGUUGCUUUGCAUUGCAAGGGUGAGGUUGGAGGAGACUAGGGCAAGUAGCCAGCUACUGUAAGGCUGGCUUUUGGCAAUGUGGCUUUCCUGUUCUGCAGGGAUAUGCUCUUAAAGCGACUGCUCAGCACAGCUUGCAGCCCCCCCCCCCCCCCCCCCACAAGAGCAAAUGGUGGCAGGAGUGAGACCAGCAGAGGCUUUUGCGUUCAGCAGAACUCAAGGUGAGGUGGUGCCAGUCACACUUGGUUGCCCUGAAACCUCUCGUGUUUUCUGUUCCAAGUGGCCUUCAUUUGGAAACGGAAACAAAAGCAGACCUGGGAGUGUGGAUAUCUCGAUGCAGCUGACCUUGCCAGAAGACAGCCCUUCCCUACCUGCUGCCUUCCAGGUGUGCUAACCUGCAGUCUAACACAUCUGGAGGGCUUCAGGUUGGGGAAGGCUACCAGGAAACCUCCCUUUUUGCCCUCCCCAGAUAGAGGCCCAGGUAAUGAGUGGCAGCAGGCAUACCGUGGUCUUCCUUCCGAGCAAAAGCGGAUGCCGUAGCCCUGUCCAGUACUGUGUGGGGCUUCCUCUUUCCGCAGUGGGCAGCCAGGGAGAGCGCAGGGCUCUGCCUCCACCUCUCUGCCUAGGCAUUUCAGAUCAUGGUGAAGUCUAUGGUUACACAGAGUUCCUAGUCUCUGAACGGUAUGCCUUCCAGGUAGCACAGCACUACAGUGCAGAUAGACUCGAAGAACCUGGAACUGCCCAGGCCAAUUUUCUCCCCUCCUGUUCGUUAAAGCCGUAGCCUUCUUGUAGCCCACCAGCCACUUGCAGAGUGACAUUGUUUAGUAAUCGCUGCAUUCCUCUUUCUUUAUAAAAUCAGGAGGGGAACUUCAGGUUCUUCAACAGUAUUAAAGCAGGAUAUAUUAUCUGCAGCAUAGGUAAGAGGCUAACCUAAAGAGAAGGAGCUGGAGAGAUCAUGUCAAUUUCUUUCCCAUUCUUAGAACUUGAGUAGAAAUAAAACCACAACAAAACUGAGCUGGCUGUGAGAGGCCUGGUAUUUGGGCCCAUGAGAAGAGAAAAUGCAUCCCUGCAGCAGCCAUCUCCACACCCCCCCUGCCCCCCCCAGCCCAGUUCUUCUGACUGCUUUUUCCUUUCCUUCGAAUUGUCAAAGCACUUUCCCUGAUCUGUAAGAAAUACGGUGUAAGCUUGGCUUGUGUCUUCCCUGUCCUAAAACAUUGCAUUGUCAAGUGUGCACGUGCAUGUGUAUAUAAGGGAGAAAUAUAAAAAGGGUGGUUAUUGUAUUUAAAAGAUGGAGUCCUAUAGAGUCUUCCAGGACUCUUACGUAUCCAGCUCACUGGAUUCAGCCGGCCAUGGCGUGACCACUCCGUGCGGCCUCGAUAUUGUCGAUCGGGCAAGCGGAGUGGCAGCGAUCGGUUCUUGUGCUGUGGGAUAAGGCAACUGGGAGGAAUGCCCCUUUUGAGGAACUGGGUGAAUAAUGGACCCUUCUAAGCUCCGCAGGUAAAGAUGAAGAUUUCUAAGUGUGUGUGUGUGGUGAGGAAGUGCAGGUAAGAGGGAUGACGGGAAUUGCCAUCCAGCCUGUCGAGGGCCACAUGGUCCCGAUCCCUGCUUUCGAAAGGUGAUUCAGCAAUAGCAUCAGCUACUUGUUACAGGAGUGACUUGCCCCACUACCCUGCCAUCUGCCGUGUGACUAGACCAUUUUUUUCUUCUGCCAUGAAUAGAAUUUUAGUUUUACUGCUGCUUGGCUUAAAGAGAGGGGGGAAAUAGUGGGCUAGAGGUAGCCCAUCUUCUGCAUCUCAUUCUGGACACACGUGCCCUGUUUGCGAAUGAGGAACUUUGUAUGGAUUGAGUGAAAAUAACUGAUAGAGGAAAAGGCGCUGUUUGACUCUCCUUAUUUGCCCCCUCAGAUGGGAUGUAGGGAAAAGAUCAGCUCUAUUUUUCCUUUUGAUUAACUCCUUUUUUAAAAAAAGCCCAGAAAUACUAUUUUUGUAAUUAGCAAAAGGCUCUCUUCUGGUGUACACAUUUAAUGAAUGUAUAGAAAAGGCUUCAUAUUGGCAGCUGGGGAAACAGUUGCUUAUAUAUAACUCUUCAGGAAUUCAAAAGUAAAAAUUUCUCCCCCAAACUUAUCCCUGCAGAUGUGGAGAUAAUACACCAGUCUCUCUCUCUUUUUUUUAAAUUAUUCGGAAGGGUAUAUUUCUGUUUCUCUGGUCGCUGGAAGAGAAGGGGUUAAGCAAUUAAACAAUUCUUUGUUCUGGU